AUGGCCGGCCUGGGAGCUGGCCGGGGGUACGUGGUGGGGGUGUCCAGGGCCCGUGGGGCCCAGGUGGAGGACAGCAGCCUGCCGGUCACCUCGAGGACUGCUGUGUUCCCAGGCCCCACUGACCCAGCUGCAAGCCUGGAGCUGCCGGCUGCCCCCACCUUCCUCCAGCCUUGGCUCCCCACGCCGGCUGCCUCCCCUCCCCCCGGGCUCCCCUGCUGGUCCCCGAGCAUCAGGACUGCCCUGAGAGGACUGUGCUUGGUCCCUUCCUUUCAUUCAGGAAUUGCCCUCAGUGUGGGUGUCCCUCAGCGUCCGCGGACCCCUAAGCAGCCUCCACCCGCAGGAGCCCCCGGCCGUGGGAAGGUCCUUUGCAGCACACGGUCCUCGCGGAGCCGGGCAGCCUCAGGUCUCCGUGCCUGGCACUGGUCUGGAAGGGGGUCAACUGAGGCAGGUCCCUGUCCCCGCAAGUCUCCCCUGGGCCGACCACACGGGCUCUGGGGAGUUUCCCUGGCAGCCGGGUCACUGGUAAGAGAAGGCUGCCCAGGGCAGGGGCAGCAGGCACAGGACCCUGGUGGUUGUGUGGAGGGAACCCCGUGCGUCACGGGAGACACCAGCUCCUGGAGUGUGGGUGGCGGGUGCAGAGGACAUGUUCCCGGGUCCUCGGGCUCUGCACUAGAGGAAUCCCACCUCCCGACAGGAGACUCGCAGAGCGGUGCCCCCAGCCCUCAGUGCGUGUCCACCAAGACGCUGAGCGUGGACACACACAGGAGUCUGCAGCGGGUGCUUCGCCGGACGUCCACAGAGGCCAAGUUCCCCGGGAGUGGCCCCCCAGCCUGCACAGACACAGGCCUCAUUUCCUCCUCCUCUGGGUUCUCUCUCCCCCACUCGGGGCUGCCGGUCUCUCCAUGUGGUCCUUCAGCUCCCCGGCAGAAGCCACGGCCGCCCCCUGGGGCCCUGCUGAGGCCGCUCGAGCUCGACAGGGAAUGGAGGGUUGGGCAUGGUCUCCCGGCUCAGCCAGGAUGCAGCUCCACUCCAGAGGCCUCAGCUGGCCAGCAGGGACAGCACCUUGGAAGACACUUCACGGCACUGUGUGCCCUCCCCUAGGACCCCGACAGCGAGGGAGGGAGAGGCCCAGCCUUCGGCCCACAUGGACAUGUGAUCUCCCCGGCCUUUUGCCCGGGUCCCAGGACAUCUCCUUUCCCACGAGGCUGCUGAGAGCCACCAUCCUGCCACUGGUUCUACAGAGGGAAGGGACAUGGCCAUCCACGGGAGGGCACCUUGGUGGCUGUUUCCAUCCCACACUGGGGAGUCACUGUGGUCCUGGGGUUCGCCACGGCCAGUCUCUGGUCAGGGCCACCCGAGCACCCCUGGAUCCUGGAGGGAAUCCUGACUUCAUGGGAGCCUCUUUGAGAACCUCUCGGGGGUCCACGUCCCCCACUGCUCCUGCCGCAGCCCUCUCUGCCCGACUCCUCUUCGUGGGACACAGACGUGUGGGCUGGUAGGGUUGUCAGUCGUCCCAGUGUUCAGAGGCGGUGCCAGAUCACGGCUCCACAUGGAGGGAAGGAAGCCAGGGCUGGCCUCGUCGCUGGGGGCCCCCGCCAGCUGGACAGGAGUCCUCGGGGCUGCUCACCCCACCAGGGUUCAAACAGCCCGGGUGAGUCACAUUCCAGCCACUUCCUUCAGGAUACAUUUCCCAACAGCCAAGCUUCUCUCCCAGCAGCCGGGAAGUUCCCAUCUGUCAGGACAUGCGACCAAGAGCAGUGCAGACCCAGGGGGAGCCGUGACUCAGCAGGCCCCGCCGCUGGCCGAGGAGCAGGCUGGCCCAGGCCGGGCUCCACAGCUCUCCCAGAGUCCACUCAGCAGCACCCGCCGAGCCCUGCAGUGUUGGGCACCAUGUCGGGACACCCAGGGGGGCAGGGGCAUCCACUCCAGGAGCCCGCAGGGCAGAAGCCAGGGCAGGCCAGGAGGGGGUGAGGCCAGGAGGGGGCAAGGCCAGAGUGACACGGAAGACCAAGAUAGGACACUCCCAGGUGCUGCCUCGCACCUGCAGACAGGGCAGGGGGAGACAGGAGGACGGGGAUGAAAGAGCGGACAGUGGUGGAAGAGGGGACAAUGGAGUGGAGGAGGGGGACGGUGUCAGGGAGGCCCUGUGCCCCUGGCUGUGGGCAGCCUGCGGCAGGUCGAGGCACGAGGCCAUGCUGUGGCAUGUGUCCUGUUCCUCUGGGGCUGGCCACACCUGUCCCACCUGCUGGACACACUUUGGCUCCAGGGGCGCCAGCAGGUAUUUCCAGGAGACGCACACGGUGGAGCAGGAGUGCUGGUCACCGUGUGGAGCUGCUGGACUCCAGGGACAGCAGGGACUGGUGCUGGAGUGCUGGGCAGAGGCCACCUCAUCUGAGGGCCGAGGCUGACACCACCAGGAGCAGUCAGGUGGCGUCCCGCCUCAGGUGUCCUUCCUAGAAGUCCAGGACCCUGCCGUAGGCCGCUGUGAGGCCGUUCUGCAGAGGCCCUCGCCAGGCUGCUGGGGCCAAGUCUCAGACAACAAGGAAAGUCGGAAAAGCUGGCCCCCACCCAGGACCAGGGCGAUUUGGGGAGAAGACAGCCUGGUUCUGGACAGACAAGCACAGUGGGAUGGCUGAGGGACUCGGGCAGCGCGUCGUCCACAGCCUCGACCCCAGUUCACCUUAGCUCUGCUGUCACAGCGGGGGAAGCCCAGUGGGGACAGAUGGACGCUGGAGGGUUUGAGACUCUUCUUACACAGGAAGUCUAAAGUCACCUCCAGAUAAACGGUUAAGUAAAUUAGU